AUGUUUACCCGAUUGGUAUUAAUUUUAUUGCUAAAUUUUGUCUUUAUAAACGAGUUAGUCAAGUUGUCGUUUUUCAAAUCAAACAAGGUAUUAGCCACGGCAUCCACAUCGCUUUUAAUUUUAGUUUCGUUAUAUUAUUUAUCAACAUCGCUCAAUUUGGAACCUUCUGAAACCUGGCAAAAAUACAUUCCUUUCAAUAUCCCUCAACUAUUUCACAAAGCUAUGAAUUCAUCAUCACGAUUUGGAAGAUCAGGAAUCAAUCGAUUUAAUAGGAAAAAGAGUAAAGAGCAGAAGUUUGCCAUUGUUAAUGGUGGUGAAGUUGGAGGGAUUAGUAAUGACGGGAAUACAUGCUUUAUGAAUUCAGUUAUACAGUCGUUAGCUUCGUCGAGACAGUUUAUGAAGUUUAUUGACUCUUAUCUUUACUCGGAAAUUGAAAUCGAUACAAAGAGUAAUGGGGAAAAGAUUACUAUGAAGUCGAACCAACCAAAACUGGAAUUGCCUUUUACAACGGCGUUAAAGAAGCUUCUUGAUAAUGUUAAUGGGAAAUAUGGAUCAAGAGGGAAAGAAUUUAGUACUAAACCGCUUUUAAAUAAGAUGCCCAAUGGUCCAAGGCAAAACUUUUUUAGUGGGUAUAAUCAAGAAGAUGCGCAGGAAUUUUAUCAAUUGAUUAUGAACAUUUUGGAAAAGGAGUUUAAAAAGAUUAGUCAGAGUAGAUUGCCUACGCCAGAACCAGAAGGAGAAAAGGAGACCAAAUUUCAAGAUGCUCGCAAUUUAAAGGAAAUUGUUUCUGGGUGUAAUAAAUUAGGAAAAUUGGGUGUCGUUUAUGUCCCAGCAGCACAAGUUGAUCCUAACUUAGACGAUGCAGAACAUAAGGUGAUGCCAUUGGAGUUGAUCACCCCAGUUGAUGGAAUUUCAUGUGAGCGUAUUGGUUGUUUGACUUGUGGUGAAGUUGGUGGCAUACGAUAUGCAGUCACUAGUGGGUUGAGUUUAAACUUACCUCAGAAUCAGUCGUACUACUCCAGCUUUAACUUGUCACAGUUGUUGAAUGAAUGGAUUACUCCGGAGAUUAUUGAUGAUGUGAAUUGUAAUAGAUGUGGGUUACUACAAACGCAAAAGUUUCUUCUUGGUACUAUAGAGGAGCUUGAGAAGAAGGAAAAUAAUUCAAAGCUCAUUGAUCAGAUAAAGACUAGGUUAUUUGCAAUCGAAUCAGAACUAGCUAAACCUCAAGUGACUGACGAAGCUUUUGAAAAGUUGACCGUUAAAAAACAAAUCAAAAAGAGUAGAAAAUCAAAGCAAAUCUUUUUGGACAGACCACCACCUUUGCUUAGUAUACACAUCAAUCGAUCUCAAUUUGAUCCAAAGACAUAUAUGGUAGUGAAGAACCCAAAUAAUGUGACUUUCCCAGCGGUGUUGGAUUUGUCACCAUACAUUGUUGAGCCUAAUCAGAUAAACAUGGAUGCAAGGUUACCAUUUAGGAAGCAAGAUGAGGAUACAAAGUACAAUGAUGGUGAUAGCUCUAUUCCCGAUGAUGGUGAAACUGAUCCGUCAACUGAAUCCAAUCACGAAACUGCCCCAUCAUCUGAACUGUCUAAUGGUUUAAUCUCUCCAAACGGCACAGCAAUCACCACAGCUGAAUCUGAUCCAAAAUUGUUGUACAAUUUGAAAGCGGUCAUUGUCCACUUUGGUACCCACAACUAUGGUCAUUACAUAUGUUAUAGAAAAUUGAGAGGUACUUGGUGGCGAAUCAGUGAUGAAUCGAUAUAUGUCGUUACUGAGGAGGAAGUUUUGGGCGGACAAGGUACAUUUAUGUUGUUUUAUGAAUACAACGAUGGGUUUGUUGAGGUGUUGCAAGAUGUAUCUGAUGAUGAGGUAGAAGAGAGAUCUAGUCCAGAAGUUAAAGAGAAUGAUAGUGAAGAGGAAUUAAAGGAAACAAAGGGGGAUAGUGAAGAGGAAUCAAAAGAAACACAGGAGAGUGAUACUGAAGAAGAAUCAAAGGAGGUGGCUGCUACGGAGACAACUGAGGACUUAGCAAAGUCAACAACGUCACUAUCUGAUGUGUCAAUGAAAGAGGAAUCAAAAGAGGAGUUUAAUGUAGCUGAAGCUCAAGUUCAUUUAUAG